UUGAAUUAGAAAGCAGCCCGCACCACAGCCGCUAUGGAGGACGCGCAACAAGAGGCGAUCUGGGGGGUUGUUGCCCCCUUCAAUACAAAUGAGUCUCGGCGCCGAAUUAACGUCGCGUCAGAUGCUCUUCUUCCUCUCGUCCCUCUUCUCCUCCGUUUUCUAACUCUGUGAAUCUGUUUGAACUCUCUCUUUGAACCGGCUUCUCACCAUAGCUAUCACCAUUCUCUGCUGACGGUCUCACGAACUCGGGAAACACAAGUGAUCUGCAGUCAGCUUCUUAUAAGUGCGGGGCAUCCAUCGAGUUGACUCCAAAAGUUCCCAUCGAGACUUGACGAGGUUCAAUAAGAGAAGGACCUAUUUCAACAAGCUCAAAGCUAUCUGAGAAGAGAUUCGUGUGUUCGAACAAAACAGACAAUCAACAUGUCUUACUAUCCUCCCCCUCCUGGAGCAUCUGGCGCUGGAGCUCCUGCUCAACACAGCUAUCCUCCUCCUCCCAUGUCUGCUCCUCCAACCCAGACCAAGUUCUCCUACCCAUCUCCUCCGACUACCCAGCAGCAAGGAAGACACUAUCCUCCUCCUCCUCAGUCCGCCGGCUCGUCUGCCACGCCACCGCCCAAAUCAUCCACUCCUUCCUACCCCUUUCCUCCUCAGCAGCAGCAACAGCAGCAACAGUAUCAACAACCACCACAGCAACAGUUCUCACCACCACCGGCCCAACAAUAUGCCCCGCCGCCGACUCAACAACAGCAGCAAUAUGCGCCACCACCAACCCAGCAGCAAGUGCAGCAACCGCAGCCUCAAUACGCAGCUCCCCCAGUCCAGCAGCAACAUCCUCAAACCGCCCUCCCCCUUCACAUGAGGACGGAUUCCAGCGCCUCCCGAACCUCCGCCCACACCCCUCCUCCUCAGCAACAGUUUGCCGCUCCUCCGCAAUAUCAGCAAGGCGAGCCGCAGCAGUAUGAGGAGAAACAACAUGUUCAACAUCAGCAGCCGGCACCCCAACAACCGGUUGGCCUAGGUUUGAGCACUUCCGCAGCGGCUGCCAUUACUGGUGCUCCCGCACCCGGACAGUUUUCCGGUGUUGGUGCGGUAUCAGAUGACGUGGGAACGUUCAAUGGUGGCAGUUAUCGUAUCAGCCAUCGGGAUUGCAACACCAUCUUGACCGUUCAGUUGGCGAUUGGGUGCCCGUUGGAGGCUAAGCCUGGCACAAUGAUCGCCAUGUCUCCCUCCGUCUCCCUCAAGGGCGCCUACAAAUUCAGCAUGAAGAAGCUCGUCGCCGGCGGCGAGAUGGGCUCCUCGACAUUCACCGGUCCUGGCGAGCUGCUUCUCGGCCCUGCCAUGCUCGGCGAUAUCACGAGUCUUCGCUUGGACGGCUCGCAGACCUGGUCCGUUAGUCACGACGGAUACCUUGCUUCGACGCAGAACGUCACCAAGGAUUAUAAGCGCCAGGGACUGGGGAAGGCCAUGUUCUCUGGUGAAGGUCUGUGGGUGUAUAAGAUCAGUGGCACGGGCCUGUUGUGGCUGACUAGUUUUGGCGCUAUUAUUCGGAAGGAUCUGGCGGACGGCGAGAAGUACAUCGUUGACAACGGCCACUUGGUCGCAUGGAACACCAAGUACAUCCUAGAGCGCGUUGCUUCCGGCGGUUUGCUAUCGGGCUUUGCCUCUGGCGAAGGACUGGUGUGCAAGUUCACUGGUCCUGGAACGGUGUUCAUCCAGACGAGGAAUGCGACUGCCUUCAGUGCGUUCAUGACCGGCCAGACACCGAAGGCCUAGAGAUAGAUGGGUUUGAAAAAUAGGGGAUUGUAUGGGACAUUGAUACCUGUAGCGAUCACACUUGAGGCUGUGAUCUCGUACCACUUUUUUUCUUCAUCAUAUUUAUCUUGGGGUUUGUGAGCGGC